UCCGGACGUUUGUUAGUAAUUGCGGGUUUGAACUCUCCUAAUGUGGCGCUGGAUGCUUGUCUUUACUGAACAGACAACUUAAUCUCAACAUGCUGUGCUUAGCUUUAGUCAUCUUAACUAUGCUGUUGCAAACUGCGACGUCGCGCCAGUUAAACGAAGAUGUCUACUUGGUGACUAUGAGCUCCCAGGUGGUGGGUGGGAGUAUGGAGAGCCUGUGUGCCCAUAUUCACAACCCCUCGGAGCCGCUUUCCUUGAGGGUGAUCCUUCAGCUGGUGCAGGGACAGCCUGCCAUGCUGCUGGAGAAGACUGGAAUCAAUAAUGACUUUUAUAGCUGCAUCUCCUUUAGGGUACCUCUUGUGGUCCUUGACACAGUGGCCACCCUCAGUGUCUCUGUGACAGGAGGGGUGGAAUCAAUGCUCAAGGAUACCAAGAUCCUCAUUAGACCGGCCAGCUUGAUCACCCUUGUCCAGACAGACAAGCCCAUCUACAAACCUGGCCAGAAGGUUCUGUUUCGAGUCGUCUCACUAACUUCCGGUUUUGGGUCGUAUGACCAGAUGUAUAAAACUGUGGAGAUUCAGGAUCCUAACUCCAACCGUAUCGCUCAGUGGCUGAACCAGCCAACAGUCAGUGCUAUCCUCGACCUCUCUCACCCCACAACCCCAGAGGCCGCUCAGGGCCGUUACACCAUCACCAUCUGGAACGAGAGGGACGAGCAGACCUCCACUGGCUUCGACCUCAAAGAAUAUGUUCUGCCCAAGUACGAGGUCACAGUGUCUCUGCCCAGCGUCAUCACUAUCCAAGACACUGAGGUCACACUGAGGGUGUGUGGAAAGUACACGUAUGGGAAGCCAGUCCUGGGCUCUGUGACGGUUAAGGUCUGCAGGAAGUCUUUCGAAUUCUUUCGCAGGCCCGGUGGCGGAGGCUCCGACAUCUGCGAGAAGUAUAACAUGGCUGUGUCUGGCCCGACUGGCUGUGCAGCACAAGUAGUGAAUGUGAUUUCAUUCGGGGUGUCCCAGUGGGGAUAUCAAGACCUCUUCGAGGUGCAGGCUGAGAUUGAGGAGAGUGGGACAGGGGUUGUCUUGAAGGGCAGUGGCAGUGCCACGUUCACCAGCGUCAUCCGACAGGUCACGUUUGAAGAUGUCUCUGCUUAUUACAAGCCUGGCGUCUCCUACCAGGGCAAGAUCAAGAUGAUGAGACCAGAUUCCUCUCCUGCUGCCAACGAGCCGGUCUUCUUGUUCCUGACUGGUGGUGGGCCUUUGGUUAACUGGACCCUGACAACAGACAGCAAUGGCAUUGUCGUCUUCUCUCUGGUCACCACCUUGUGGACGGACAGUGUAUCUCUACAGGCUCGCUCUAGGCUGGAAGAAGUGGACUUCCUUUCUGGACAGGAACGCAAGCCUGAAUACACCCAGGCCUACCACUACAUCACAGCCUUCUACUCCAAGAGCAAGAGCUCUGUGUCUCUCCAGUAUGCCAACCAGAUCUUCUCCUGUGAGGCUAAUGCUGCCAUACUCGCCACCUACAUUAUCAAGGGGAACGAAUGGAAUGCAAGUCGAAGGACUCUGGACUUCUUUUACAUGGUGAUGUCCAGAGGCAGUGUGCUGCGACAUGGGCGUAUCUCAGUGUCACUGAUGGAGGACUCAGACAACCAAGGGGAUUUGCUUGUGCCGCUUCGGAACGUGGCCGAACUUGCCCCGGUUGCACAGGUGGUUGUGUACGCCAUCAUGCCCAGUGGAGUGAUAGUGGCCGACAGCCUGGACUUCCCCGUACAGCUCUGCCUCAAGAACAAGGUGUCUCUGCAGUUUGCGUCGCCCCAGGAGCUGCCUGGAGAGGGAACGUCCCUGAGGCUGACUGCUCAUCCCGGGUCCCUCUGUUCCGUCAGGGCCAUCGACCAGUCUGUCCUGCUGCUGCAGCCUGAAGAGGAGCUCAGCGUCAAAUCUGUGUAUCGUCUACUCCCAGUCCAAAAGCUGUCGGGCUACGAUUACAACAUACAGGAUGCUGACUCGUCCACCUGCACACCUGGGAGACCCCCUAUGCCACUUCCUAUGCCAGUUGCUGUAGAUGGGAGAAGAUUCAGACCCUUUUGGCUGCCUCACAACAUGAACGACGUCUACACUGUCUUCAGAGAUAUUGGAAUGAAAAUCCUGACUAACUCUGACGUGAGGAAGCCAGUCAACUGUGAUGAGUACUUUAUGAUGAUGGCCAAACCCCAAGCGCUUCCAGGCUCCCCUGGCCCGAUGGCCCCCCAGAGAGGUCCAGAAAAAGCAGAGACUGUGCGAACAUAUUUCCCUGAGACCUGGAUCUGGGACCUAGUGCCUGUUGGAAACUCUGGCUCAGUGACGGUUCAGAAGACCGUCCCUGACACCAUCACUCAGUGGGCUGCCGGGGCUUUCUGCAUGUCCCCUGUGGGUCUGGGGCUGGCUCCCAGUACGGCCCUCACGGCCUUCCAGCCCUUCUUCGUCAGUCUCACCCUACCGUACUCGGUCAUCCGCGGCGAGGUGUUUGCCCUCCGGGCCACUGUCUUCAACUACCUCACCAAGUGCAUCAUGGUGAAGGUGACACUGUCAAAAUCAGACCAGUUCUGCAUAAAAACCUGUGGUGGUUACCAGUACCAGCUGUGUGUGUGUCCCGGCGAGAGCCGAACUUUCCGUUGGAUUAUCACCCCCACUGCCCUAGGGGAGGUGAGUGUGAAGGUGAGUGCAGAGGCCAUAAAGACCACGGUUCUCUGUGGUAAGGAGUUGCCCAUUGUUCCAGAGAGGGGUCGCAUUGACACGGUGAUCCAGACGUUGUUGGUGGAGGCUGAGGGCACCCAGGAGACUGUCAGCUACAACAUUCUGCUCUGCCCUGCAGGCGGUGCGGUAGUGGAGAAGCUCUUUUUGCGGCUGCCGGCCGUGUUUGUGAUUGGAUCUGCCAAGGCAUCGCUCUCUGUCCUGGGUGACCUGAUGGGCCGAGCUUUGAAGAACCUGGACAGCCUGCUGGCCAUGCCCUCUGGCUGCGGGGAGCAGACCAUGCUUCAGUUUGCUCCCAACGUCUACAUCCUGGCGUACCUGCAGAGCACCCAGCAGCUUACGCCUCAGAUCAGGGACAGGGCCGUAGCCUUCCUGCAGGGUGGCUACCAGAAUGAGCUCACCUACAAACACAGCGAUGGCUCGUACAGCGCCUUUGGCGAAAGCGAUGGGUCUGGCAACACCUGGUUGACCACCUUCGUAAUGAAGUCUUUCGGAGGGGCGCGGCCCUUUAUCUUUAUCGACCCCGUCCACAUCACCAUGGCAGAAUUAUGGUUGGCCGGUCUGCAGCAGCCUACUGGCUGCAUCACCUCUGUGGGGAGACUCUUCCACAAUGACAUGCAGGGAGGGGUGAGCGAUGACGUGUCCCUGACUGCCUAUGUCACUGCUGCCCUUCUGGAGCUGGGACACAGCACCACUGACCCCAUGGUGACGAGAUGUCUGACCUGCUUGCGGAGUGCUCUAGCGCUCCCACUGGACAACCUCUACACUGUUGCCCUGCUGUCUUACACCUUCACCCUGGCGGGGGACCAGGUCACACGGAGAAUGCUGGUUACACGCCUGGACCAGGCCUCCAUCAUCGCAGAUGGUGCUCGUCACUGGGAGAGAUCUGCCACUCCUGGCAGUGGCCUGAACUCCAUUGAUGUGGAGAUGACCUCGUACGUGCUGCUUGCACUUCUCUCUGGGCCGAUUAUGAAUGACUUUGGAGUGGCCUAUGCAGUCGGCAUAGUCCGCUGGCUAGUCAGGCAACAGAACCCCUAUGGAGGAUUCUCUUCCACACAAGACACUGUGGUGGCGCUACAAGCCUUGGCCAAGUACGGUGCUGCCACCUACAGUCCGGAAGGUGCCACUAGCGUGGCGGUGACCUCUGCCAGUGGCUGGAGACGAGACUUCACGGUGAACCAGCAGAACCGUCUGCUGUACCAGGAACAGCCACUACAGGAUGUUCCUGGAGAGUACACCAUCCGCGUUGAAGGGCAGAGCUGCGUGUUUAUCCAGAUCUCUCUCCAUUACAACAUCCCCCCUCGUCCAGACUUCUCAAGCUUUACCUUGACUGUUGAGGUGGGAGGGUUAUGUAAACCCAAACCCUCCCUCAAGGUAGUGGUUACAGUCAGGUACAAUGCUCAAAGGAAAGAGACCAACAUGGUCAUUAUUGACUUUAAACUACUUUCUGGCUUUAUACUGGACAAGAGCUCACUUGAUGCUCUCAAGACUACAAAUGCGGUGAAGCGUGUCGAUGAAAAGGAUGGGAAUGUGAUCAUCUACGUAGAAAGGCUGAUGCAGAAGGAGCCCAUGUCAUUCACCCUUUUCAUCCUGGAGAACUUCAGUGUCAAGAACCUUAAACCUGCAGUGGUCAAGGUCUACGACUACUACAAAACAAGCGACGCGGCGGUUGUGGGGUACAGCUCUUCAUGUGCAUAGAUUCUACAUGUACACGGGUGAUGACGUCAUCAAGCUGAGACAUCUGUAGACCCAGCUGCAUCGGUGCAAGUGGACCUACUUUGCCACUGGCAGCUUUUUAGGAGCCAACGUACAUGGAUUUUACAGUCUGUUCCAGCAAUAAAACACUUUUGUAUUUAA